CUUCAUGUCCGUCGGUAAAAGCGACCACGCUGUCGUUCCAGCGGCCAACGCGUCGGUAUCGCGUUAACGGGGAAGCGAGGGAGAGGGCAGAUUAAGCCGGCGAAUAGAAGCGGUGUCGUCUUUAAAACACCCCGUUAAUAGUUCAGGUGGGAGGAAAACACGUGGGACUCACCGGGUCGUCUUUGUCCCCACGUGUAACGUGUCCGUGACCAACAUCACCGCUCGGAAGAGCGUCACGUUGUGUAAUCCGUGUAAUCUGUAAUUGUGAGUCAUGGCCGGCUGCGUGAGGCUGCUGCAUCCGAGAUGUUUCCAAGAUGUUACCGAUCCGCUCCGGGUCAUGUCUCCAGUCCACUACUGUACUCUGGGACAUGUCUCCAGUCCACUACUGUACUCCGGGACAUGUCUCCAGUCCACUACAUGUCUCUAGUCCACUACUGUACUCUGGGUCAUGUCUCCAGUCCACUACUGUACUCCGAGACAUGUCUCCAGUCCACUACUGUACUCUGGGUCAUAUCUCAGUCCACCACUGUACUCUGGGACAUGUCUCCAGUCCACCACUGUACUCCGGGACAUGUCUCUAGUCCACCACUGUACUCUGGGACAUGUCUCCAGUCCACCACUGUACUCUGGGACAUGUCUCUAGCCCACUACUGUACUCCGGGUCAUGUCUCCAGUCCACUACUGUACUCUGAGACAUGUCUCCAGUCCACUACUGUACUCCGAGACAUGUCUCCAGUCCACUACAUGUCUCUAGUCCACUACUGUACUCUGGGUCAUGUCUCUAGUCCACUACUGUACUCUGGGUCAUGUCUCCAGUCCACUACUGUACUCUGGGACAUGUCUCUAGUCCACUACUGUAUUCCGGGACAUGUCUCUAGUCCACUACUGUACUCUGGGUCAUGUCUCCAGUCCACUACUGUACUCUGGGACAUGUCUCUAGUCCACUACUGUAUUCCGGGACAUGUCUCUAGUCCACUACUGUACUCUGGGACAUGUCUCCAGUCCACUACUGUACUCUGGGACAUGUCUCCAGUCCACCACUGUACUCCGCGACAUGUCUCCAGUCCACCACUGUACUCCGCGACAUGUCUCCAGUCCACCACUGUACUCUGGGACAUGUCUCUUUUGUUCUUAAUUUGCAUGAAACGUCAUGGGAUAAUUAUUAAUUUGAAUAACAUUUUAUUUAAAAUCACCCGGAAACUUCCCCCAGCUGAUUUGUUAAUUCAAUCAAUUAAUUAUUUUUUCUCUUCCUUUCUUAACAUAGAAAUGAAGGCUAACCUCUAUUUACCAAAUAUGGGCUCAUUUGCUUACAUUGUAGAAGAAUCGGUUCUAAAUCGUUUUUCUUUUACUUUCAGAAUUUUUGGCUGUAUAUUUCUUUCACUCCACUGGUGUUACUAUUCUGUCUGCAGCAAUAAUGAAAAAAGGUUUUCUAUUAAUCAGUUAUGAGUAAAUAUCCAAGUGAGCAAUUAUUUCAUCAGCACCUUUGGUGAAUUCUGUAGAAAUUAAAAAACUGACCAAUCAAAAUUGAGCUCAUGAAUAUUAAACACAAUCACAAUUCUUGAUUUCCCCUAAUUCACAGCAUAAUUCCACUGUAAAAAAAGUGUUACAAUAUCAUAAUACAUAAAGUAAAAACAAAUAAAAUGAGCACAUACGGUAAACUAUGUUGUCAUUUCUGUGCACUUCCACAACCUGCAGAAGGCUAAUAAAUCCAAGUAUAAAACAUUCAAAAAUGCAUCAGACCAAUACAAGUUUGAUCAAAUAUAGAAAUAAUAACCAAACUCCUAAAUAUAUAUUCAACAUUUUGCCCAACACAUUCCAGUCUGUAAAGAAAGGGUGCGCUUGAUUUACAACAUGGGACAAAACUGUGAUGUUUUCAUCUCAAUCUUCUUGCUUUGGUUCUCGUUGGACGCCAGAAUAAUGAUUGAAAAAAAUGAUUUGAGUAAUCCACUCGACACCUGCAGGCUCAGUGGGGCCUUCAGGUUCCUGCGGCUUCUCCCUGUUUUAUAAGAACCUACAUUAUCUUCUCUGUUAUAAUAACCUCCAGUGUCUCAGGCCACAGCUGGCCGCCCUCAUGAUGCGUGACUAUCGUUUUGUGCGUGUGUGUCCAUAGAGAGCAGCA